AUGUCGACCGAGACCGAAUAUCCGCUCGACGUGGUCAAGGCCACCCGCGUGGCAUCCGACCAGAUCGACACGACGUUCCGCUCCAGCUGCAUUGACCUCGUGUCGGGGGCGCUCGGCGGCAAGAUCCUGGGUUUCUCGGACCAGUGGUUCGCCGAGGCCGCUAACCUCCUGACGCCCACACCUCCGAUCCGUCAGCCGGGCAAGAUGGUCUUCACCGGAGCCUGGUACGACGGAUGGGAGACGCGGCGGCACAACUCGGCGCCCUUUGACUGGGUCGUCGUGCGGCUCGGCGUCGCGUCGGGAACCGUCGAGGGCAUAGAGGUCGACACGGCCCACUUCUCGGGCAACCACGCGCCCGCCAUCUCGGUGGAGGGCUGCUUCAGCUCCGACGACGACGAGGUCGUCUCGUGGAAGGGCGGGCGCGGCCGGUGGGAGACGAUCCUGGGCCUGCAGGAGUGCGGGCCCUCGCAGCGCUUCGGGUGGAGGCUCGACUCCCCCACGGCCACGCCGUACACGCACGUCCGGCUGAACAUGUACCCGGACGGAGGCAUCGCGCGCUUCCGCCUCUUCGGGCACGCCGUCCCCGUCUUCCCCGACGACCCGCAGGCCGUGCUCGACCUGGCCGCGGCGCAGAACGGCGGCGUCGCCGUCUCGUGCAGCGACCAGCACUUUGGCACAAAGGACAACCUGCUCCUCCCCGGACGCGGCAAGGACAUGGGCGACGGGUGGGAGACGGCCCGCUCCCGUGGGAGGGACCACGUCGACUGGGCCAUCAUCAGGCUGGGCGCACCCGCCUACGUGCAGAGCCUGGUCGUCGACACCGCUCACUUCCGCGGCAACUUCCCCCAAAAGGUGGCCGUGCAGGCCAUCGGCUGGUCUGGCGAGGGCGAACCCGCCCACGAUGCCGACGCCUGGGUCGACCUCGUGGCCCCUAGCAAGACGGGCCCGGACCAGGAACACGCCUUUGACAGUGCCGUCAAGGACGAGGCCUUCACGCACAUCAAGCUCAUCAUGAUUCCGGACGGCGGUGUCAAGCGUAUACGGGCCUUUUCUAAGAGAGCAUAG